AUGCUAGCUGUAUCUCCACCAACCAUGAACACACCUGGCCAGUAUGAGGACCCACCAAUGUAUUCCCCAUCGGAGGAAUUCAAUUACUUCCUCGAUGAAAAAGCCAACCCUCCUUUGAUCCUCCGACCCGAGCGAAACGAGCCCGGGCUUGCCAUUGCAUCUGCUCUUAGCCGGGGGUUACAAGUACCAUCCAGAUCCGGAGCCUGCACAUCAGGAUUCGAGUAUCCAGAUGAACUAUCUCAUUACGACAUAUCCAAAGAAGACUGGACACAGUUCACACAAGUUGUCUGUGAUGAAGCUAAGCUUUCACGUCAGCAAUGGACCACCGUGGUUGGCAAAGGCCUAGGUGUAAUGGCAGUGGGCGGACUGAUGGUUGGCCUUCUGGGCGCUAUCCCAGCGAUAUUCGUUGCCCGUCUCACUAGAAAUCGAAAAGAACAACGAAACCUGCUUUCGGCGCUGGCUGGAGGAAGUGAACACCUUGCUCGACAUAUCUCGCAAUGGAACGAGAAUUUCUUUCGGCCUAGGGGUGUCUUGAUCCGGGUCGAUUUGCCGGAUGAAUACUUGAAUGACAUGAAAGUGAUGGACAUUCGCACAAGUGGAUCUGCGAGGUCUGUUAAGGAAACUCGGGAUAAGGCUGCACUCAAGGCGAGGAUUGUGAUCAUCCCUCUGGAUGGGCCGAUGUCAACGGACAGUUGA